AGACGCGACCGCUGAUAUUGAGAAUAUUUGCAUCGUAUCAUCAGCACCGCAUUGUCAUAGAGCUUGAAUGUUAAUCCAAGUUAAGCUCAAUUUUUCAAAUUUGAUGGCGCGCUGUGCUGUGUGAGAAACGCGUAACCGGUACCACAGCGACGAGCGCGGGACCUGGCGACAUUCCGAGCUCCAGCAUACCCUUUGCGAGAGCUUUCCUCUCAGUCCAUUCCAUUUCAAUUCGGCAUCUACCCAACUUAUGCGCGAAUUGGUCUGUUGCAAUACGGGAUCCACCGACUCUUCCCAGCAGGAGUACUUAACGUCCAAGACAGCAAGCUUGCGACCGUCUCCAAACUUCUGGACGAAUCUGGCCUCGUCGUUGACACCCGAGAUAUUUCAGAUCAGCAAGCGAUAUGCUGGUCCUCUCCGCGACACAGCAUACUUGGAUGGACUGCGAGGUGUUGCAGCAUUCUUGGUCUACAUCGUUCACCACGAAAGUUGGGCUCAUCCUGUUUGGCUUCCGGUAAUGGAAAUGGGAUAUGGUUACGACGGCCAUCGUUACUUUGCUUGCUUGCCGGUCGUCAGAAUACUGUUCAUGGGCGGGCACUUUGCCGUGUCAAUAUUCUUUGUCAUUUCCGGUUUCGUUUUGUCACGAUCCCCAUUGAAGAUGAUACACGACGGAGACAGAGCGGCAGAUCUGGCCAAAGUGCUCUCUUCCGCGAUGUUCAGGCGGGCUAUUCGACUCUACACACCGGUUGUCGCAACUACUUUUAUUUUCAUGACUAUAUGGCAUAUAGGCACGGGUGUUUGGACCGCAUAUCCUCCUCACCAAGCCAACUACGCGGCGGAGGUCGUUGCUUGGGUCAGAGAAUUCAGCAACUUUUCAUUUGUGUUUCGGCACCGUGGUAUUGCAUGGCUGACCUACAAUCUUCAUACAUGGUCGAUUCCAGUCGAAUACAAGGGAUCAAUGGUCGUUUAUGUUAGCUUGCUAGCAUUAUCUCGCUCCUCAAUACAAUCUCGAGUCUCUGUUGUUGCCGGUCUGAUCAUUUACUUCAUGUAUGUGGUGGAUGGGUGGUUCAUCAGCUGUUUCCUUGCAGGGCUGCUGCUGGCAGAAUUCGAGCUCCUUCAGCGUUCCGGACAACUUCCAAAAUGGGCUUGGCUCAAUUUUCUGCGAACGUAUCAGUAUUUGCUCCUUCGCCUGGCUCUGUUUGCGGGAUUGUGGCUUGGAAGUCAGCCAGGCGGGGCGCCUGACAUUGACUACCUAAAACGCUCCCCUGGCUGGUACUAUCUUGCUUUUUUCAUUCCCACAGCUUGCAGCGAAUUCAAAUGGUUCUGGUUCACCGUGGCAGCUGUGCUUACCGUCACUGCCGUCAUUCACACGCCAUGGCUCCGCCGGCUCUUUGAAGCACCAAUUGCACAGUAUCUGGGGAGGAUUUCGUUCAGCUUAUACCUGGUGCACGGGCCAAUAUUAUGGCUACUAGCCGAUCGAUUGUACACCGCGACUGGCAGGACAAGGGAAGGCCAAAAUCAAGGCAUCUUAGCAUGGAAAGAUACUUUUCCCUUGUCUGGUGCUGGACCUCUCGGCUUGGAAUUCAAUUUCUUGGCUUGUCAUCUGAUCAUCCUUCCUAUCACCUUGUAUGCAUCAGAGUUGGCCACUAGGUUGAUUGAUGAACCUUCGGUCCGAUUUGCGCAGUACCUGUAUCGAAAAACGCUCGCUUGACAUUAUGCAACCUUGCGACAGAAAUGGCUACAAGGACAGAGGUUUCACCAGAUCCAUCAAGACUCAUUCCUUUG